UUAAUAGGGUUCAGGCGCGAUUACGUCACUUCAAGUGACUAUGGCCCUACUGGUGGUCGCUAGAUAGCAAUAAAACUACGGAAAGCACCGGGAAAACUCUUUUUCUUAGCAACGAUUGAAGGAGAGUCGAAGAUUAAGGCAGAAAUGGCCAGCACAAGAAGCGAAGAGAUCCCAACGUGUUCGAGCGAGGGAGUUUACCCGUCCAAUGUUGCUGCUUUGAAGCAGAAUGUGGCAACAGUUGAGGCCCCUCCUUGUGAGAAUGGAACAUCAACAGAUGAUGCCACACCCAGAGCAGGAGGAGAUGAGGAGAUUUCUGCUGGUGCUAAAGGCGGAAUGCCUACAGUGUCAGACACAAGUCCACGGAGUCACACAGCUGAGCAAACCUACCAUGUCAAGUGGAUCAAAUGGCGAGGAAAUAACACACCUAUCAUCACACAGAAUGAAAAUGGUCCUUGCCCCCUCAUUGCCAUCAUGAAUGUGCUGUUGCUGCGGGGAACCAUCCACAUCCCGCAAAUGGUGGAGAUGGUGUCUGCCAGUCAGUUGGUGGGCUACCUUGGGGACUGUCUGCUCAACCGAUCCUUGGAGGUAGAUAAUGCCUCUGAGGGAGUCCAACGCAACUACGAGCAGAACAUCCACGAUGCAAUGGAGAUAAUCACCAAGCUGUCAACAGGUUUAGACGUCAAUGUCAAAUUCACAGGGGUCAAAGACUUUGAGUACACUCAGGAAUGCGUGGUGUUUGACCUGCUGAAUAUUGUACUGUGCCAUGGCUGGCUGUAUGACCCACAGAACACGGAGAUUGUUUCAGCUGUAGGCACUUGCAGUUAUAACCAGGUAGUGGAGAAGAUUAUUGCAAGCAAGAGCUCUAAGGAUGAAAACGAACAGCAUCAAGGUCUGGUUGCUGAGCAAUUCCUGGAGAGCACAGCAGCUCAGUUGACAUUUUACGGUUUGUGUGAGCUGAAUGCUGCCACGGAAGAGGGAGAACUUUGUGUAUUCUUCAGGAAUAACCAUUUCAGCACAUUAAUCAAACACAGUAGUGAACUGUGCAUAUUAGUGACGGAUCAGGGUUUUUUGACGGAAAGCAAUAUCGUCUGGGAGACGUUGAGCAGUGUGGAGGGAGACAGUGGGUUUGUAGACGGAGAAUUCAAUCCAAGCCCCCCAACCAGUCAUAUGGCACCUGGAGCGGCUGUCAAUAUGUCACCAGACCAGCAGCUAGAUGCAGAUUACCUGGUGGCAUUGUCUCUUCAACAAGACCAACAACAGGAAGCCAGGCUCAGCCAGCACCAAGACCAAGACACACAUGUGGCAGGGAUGGCUUCAAUGUCAGAUCAUGAGCUAGCAUUACAACUCCAAGAGCAGGAGGACCGUAGACUUGCCCAGAACCUAGCUCAAGAAGAACGGCAAGCCCAGCAAGAAGCCCCACCCCAGGGGGCCCAAGCUGCUACCCCACCCCAACCAGUCCCUGCAAACUCCACCAACAGUCAUCAUAAGGAAAAAUCUUGCACAUUAUUGUGAGGAGGGGUUCCAGUAGUUACGUCUUUCUUUUGCCCCAUCCGUGAACCACCUGGAGAGGCGUCAUGUUCUAAUCAGCGCAACAAACGACACAGCUAGUCGACUUCACCUAUUUGGCAAAGAAGAUUGAAGUUUCCCAUCACUACCAGAUGUUGAGUCACUGCAGAAAACUUGCCUUAUUUAGCACCAAGAGGUAUACUCUGUCUCAUCCUACAGGUGUAUUUAUUUCUGAAAUCACUCAUGUAUCAUUCCUGGGAGUUUUUUCCAGGAUUUUUUUCUCCCUUCGGAGGGCUACUAAGCCAAAAGCUUAGCGUUUUUAACUGAACAUAUGAAGAAUUGGCCAGUAACCAGUCAGAGAGCAAGAAAUGCAGCUUAGCAAAUGUUUGUUGAUACUUGUUUCAUAAAUUCAUUUAGUGGAUUUUGCUUAGUCUGGUACCAGUCCCUUUGUACGGUCAAAGACCAAAGGCAUACUGAUACAGAUCUGGUACCUAGACACCUUUGUCUGGGUGUAACCUAUGCUGCUCUUAGUUUUGAUUUCAGAUACUAGAAACAAAGUAAAGCAUUUCACUUGGUUUGCAUAAAACAUAUUGACUGUGUAGACACUUUCAUGCCUCUUGAAGGCAUGUCAUGAGAUCAUAUAACAGGUUCAUGAGUUCAACUUGUAGACUAGCUUAAAGUACAUGGACAUGUACAUCCAGGUAUUCCUGUGAUUAUUAUUUUCGUGAAUCACCGUGCAUACAGUAAAUCCUCGUCUUCAUGAUAGUGGAGUUGUUGAUCGCAUGUUAUAAAUUUGUUCACUCUGGUGAUCAGUUGAUGGAACAUUUGACUAUCUGAUGGGCACGAACCCCAAUAAUUGCGAUGCAGUCAUACAACUGCUCGCACAAAAUUGAUUCUGAACCCAUGAGCGAUGAUGAUCCUUCGAAUACAAAGAAGCAACUUAAUAAACAAUUACAGCAACUGCCAGAAAACACAGGAACAUCUGUUGAAGCCCUGAUUGGGAACAAGACAGCUUCUUGUCACAAGUUUACAGCAAAUGAGAAAGAACAGCAACUUGCCCACAGAGAGGAUUCAGUCAGGUGUUGAAUUGAACGAGUCAUUCAACCGUGACACAAAUGUGUACUGCACUCCCCCUCAUGCAAGCGUGUGGUACUGCAUUGUUUGCUUAUGUGAAGAGGUGGCUGAAUGUCUGCAUGUAUACAUGUGGUCAUACGCAGCAAGGUAUGAGACGG